AUGGAACCGGAUCAUUCGGGUCUCACUAUGGAUGCAUUAAUGGAGUCUACUUCAUGCGAAAACAUUGUGACUCCUCCAAGGUCUGUUAAAAUUGUUGAUGCAGAAGAAAAAUUUCUUUUCGAUAACCCUGAGGAUUUGGCGAAAGCCCUUGGCUGUCCACUGGAUAUGAAACUGAAAACCCUCGCUAUAGUUGGUAAUACAGGUGAUGGCAAGUCCCACACUUUGAAUCGAGCAUUCUGUCCGUACGGUAGUGGUGAUCGUUCAGAAGAUGUUUUUAUUACUUCCUCUUCUCAAUCAACUUGCACACUUGGCGUAUGGGCUGCGUUCGAACCCCAACGCGGUUACCUUCUUCUUGAUACUGAAGGUUUACUUGGCUUAUCUACAAAUCCGAAUCGUCAGCGUCGCCUACUGUUGAAGGUUUUCGCCAUGGCAGACGUGGUUGUCUACCGUUGCAUGUCCGAUCGCCUCCACACGGAUAUGUUCACCUUUCUUGCAGAUGCUUCUGAUGCCUUUGUCGGGCACUUUGCACCGCGUCUGGAGGCCCUUGUCACCAAACACGAUCUCCCCUGGUCCCCUCGACAACUCGGACCCGCUGUUGUCAUCUUCCAGGAGACCAGGCAUACAUCGCCUCUUCCUCCUGACGCACGUGGAACAGAUUAUCUGAUGGAGAGGCUAGCGUCGAUUCAUCGAAACGUGGACGCUUUCUCAUCUCUUCGCUACGUCGGUAUUCAAACUCUCUCAGAUCAAACCAACUUUGAACCAUUUGUUCGUGUAGUUGACGAAUUAAUGUCAGAGACGUCAGUUCGAGCCCCACGUCAAUUGGAGCAUAUAUUCCGUGCAAUGAUGGGUUUGAGCACGCACUUUGCCACAGAUUUGCCAGACGCUGCGGAGACUGCAUCCACAACGCCGACUUUUGUGGAGGAGUACUUCACCUGUCCCGCAAAAUGCACAAUCUGCGGGGCCCGCUGCCAACUGGGAGUCGCUCACGCACCCUCCACACCCCACUUCUCUCGUCCCCGGGAAGAAAGCUUGGAUGAUGGCUGUCAGUACUCCAGGCAACAGCAGAACAAAAUGUACUUCUGUAAAGCCUGUUACGCGGAGGGUAGGCGGACAGUUUUGGUGCCAAAGACCCUGGAAGACGCGGAGAAUACGAUGACGGGUGUGGUGAAGUACCUCUGGUACGGCUACUUGCUUCGCUGUCCUCGCCAUGGGAUAAUUUAUCGAUCGCGUGCCCACUGGUCCGGUAACCAAUCUCCCGAAAACUGUUCACAAAUCCACUGGCAGAUUGUUCAUCUCUGGCCUGGCGAGAAAUCUCUUCUUCUGAGCACCCAUCCCUUUGGCCAAUUGAUGGUGGACAGUUUGACCAAUGUGACUGAACAGGUCUCUCAAUUGGCCGGUCCGUCGACACGUCGUUUGGGUGAUCUCAUUGCAGACAGUCUAGCUCCGGACUACUGGGAGCCAAAUAGCAGUAUCACCAAUUGUGUCUGCUGUGGAUUCCAAUUUCCCACUUCUACCACCUCCACUGCCCCCAAUCCCGAUUCGAAUUCGCAUUCUCCUCCUCCUCCUCCUCAGACAGGACCCAAUGUGUCGCCUUUGGAUGAUGCGGAAAAGCACCACUGUCGCGUCUGUGGUCGCGGAGUAUGUGCCAGCUGUUCGAAGCAGAGAAUUCCGGUGCCCGAACGCGGUUUUGUGGACGAGUCGGUCCGAGUUUGCGAUCGCUGCUACACCGCAAGAACGCAGUCGAACGGAAAUCCAUCUUCCUCUACUUCCUCAUCAACAUCGAUUUCUCGACACUCUGUCAGUCCUGAAUCCCCCAGUGGAGUAGCCACUUCUUCCAGCCGUCGAGUUCUUGAAAUCAUCUCUGCCACUGCAGGUUUAAUAGGACCUGUGCUCAGUGCUCCUAAAGAAUUAGUCAAAUCGGCUGUGCGACCGCACUACUGGCAACCGGAUGAAGAAUGCAUCAACUGUGCUGUUUGCAAACGGGCUUUCGGCGCGCGAUUAUCGAUUCAUCACUGUAGAAUGUGUGGUAAAGGGGUGUGUGGACCUUGUUCUGCACACCAGAAACCAGUUCCCCAACGAGGUCUCGAUUGGCCCUGCAGGAGUCCAGAAAAUACAUUGCGCAUCUUGCUUACCACUGACAAUCAUGUUGGCUAUCUCGAGAAAGACGGAAUUCGAGGGAAUGAUACUUUUAAAACCCUGGAGGAAAUUCUCUGCCUAGCUGAACACCACAAUGUCGAUUUUAUUCUCCAGGGGGGAGAUCUUUUCCAUGAAAAUCGUCCUUCAAUUCGAUGCAUAAAUGAAGUUCUUCGUCUUGUACGCACCCAUUGUCUUAAUGAUCGUUCGGUAUCCUUCGAAGUUCUUAGUGAUCCCAAAGUUAAUUUUUCCGCUACGUCCUAUCCUGGUGUUAAUUAUCUUGACGCUAAUUUGAAUGUUGGCAUUCCAGUUUUUGCUAUUCAUGGAAACCACGAUGAUCCAAGUGGACCGGGGAAUGUGUGUCCCCCUGAUCUCCUUCAUACUUGUGGUUUUCUCAAUCUCUUUGGCAAAUCAAAUUCGGUUGAAUCAAUGGAAGUUAAUCCUGUGUUGAUACGGAAAGGAUCUACAAAUCUGGCUCUUUAUGGAAUUGGAGCCGUGAGGGAAGAACGACUUCAUAGACUCUUCCGUGAUAAUAAAGUCACCUUUCUUCGACCGGAGAAUGACGUAGAUAAUUGGUUCUCUCUUGCUGCUGUCCAUCAAAAUAGGGUCCGCCAUGGCCCCACUGGAUAUCUUCCUGAAAAAUUUCUCCCCUCUUUUCUUGAUCUUGUUUUUUGGGGUCACGAACACGAUUGUCGAAUUUCUCCUGAAUGGAAUGAGAGUCAGCAGUUCUACGUAGUUCAACCAGGAAGUUCAGUGAUCACGUCACUAAGCGAAGGUGAAGCAAUACCGAAAUUCGUUGGCUUGCUUGAGAUUCAAGGUCGUCAAUUCAAUGUGACAAAGCUUCCUCUGCAAUCAGUGAGGAGGCUUGUUUUUGAGGAUAUUAUCCUCAAAGACGAACUUUCAAAUGUCGAUUCCAGUUCUCCAGAUGCUGCGUCGAUGGUGGAAAAGUUGUGUAAUGAUAGGGUCCAAGCGGCCAUUGAUCGAAUGACUGAGGAGACAUCGACGGCGUUACGCAAGCGUCGUUUAAAGUCGGAGGAAGGAGUGGAGAUAGACGACAUGAAAUUUCCUCCUCCACCUGAACCGCUUGUUCGACUCCGGGUGGAUACGAGCGGGGGCUUUGAGAAAUUCAGUGCUGUUAGAUUUGGACAGAAAUUCGUUGGACGUGUUGCCAAUCCUAAGGAUUUAGUGAUAUUCCAUAACAAGCGCGAUACCACUCUAAAUCGUGAUGCAGCCAAUGGUGUGGGUGUGUCUCAAUCGACUACAGGCAGUUCCGCGGUUCGAGUGGGUCUGGCUGUUGCCGAUGUAGAGACUCUCAUCAGCACAGUCCUCUCCUCUGAUCCAAAGCUCCAAUUAGGACUUCUCACGGAGGUUGAAAUGGCUUCGGCGCUUCACAAAUUUGUCGAUCGCUCUCAAAGCGAUGCUAUUGGUUCCCUUGUCGAGGAAGUGAUCACCAAGACACAAGGCCACCUGAUUCAACAAAGGUGUCUGGAGGAAGACAUCCCGCUGGAGGUGUCUCGUUUUGCGCAGACUCGAAAGAAGACGCUUUCUACCGAGGACGUGAUUGAAACGAAGGAGUCUUUGAAAAAGGAAGAUACCUCUCCUGUGAUUGCCCUUGAUACCACUCCAGUUAAGGAUGAGCCUAUGGACGUGUCCGUACCAGUUCGAGCAGCGCCUUCUUGUAGAAAGCAGUUGAAACAAUCAACCAUUUCAUUUGGUUUCUUUUCCUCAAAUGACUGUGGAGGAAGUGACAACGAUGAAGAAAAUCGAUUGCUUCUGGAUAGUCUUGAAAUGGUAGAAAGCCAGGCGGACGCCAGCGACACUAGAAGUGGAUUAACUUCUGGAAUUUUCUCCUUGUCGGAGAAUCAGAGUUUGUCCUCCGCCCUUCAAAGGGGGAUGCGGUCAAGGGGAGGAAGAGGAUCCCGCGGACCAAGGAGGGGCACAACACGUAGAGGUCGUAGAGGGGCGAAAUUAAUACCUUCGUCGAGAGAUGAUGUUGAAAUUAUUCAAAUUGACUCUGAGGAGUCAAAUGAUUCCGCUGGGUUUAAAAUCGCAUAA